UAACAACUAACCAUCACUUCACUCUACACCAAGACACACAACAAACUCAUCUCUUUUCAACAGAAAAGUAAUCGGCAAGAUCUAAUAAGGAUACCCAAAAAAAUUAAUUAGCAAUUAACUGAAACAAUGGUGAGAGCUCCAUUUGUGGACAAGAAUGGAAUGAAGAAAGGUGCUUGGAGUGAAGAAGAAGACAACAAGCUGAGAUCCUAUGUUCAAACCUACGGCCAUUGGAACUGGCGUCAGCUCCCUAAAUUCGCCGGUACGAAUUUUAUUCAAGAAACUAAUUACAUAAUUGCAUAUAUAGAGAAGAUUGUGGCAUCAAGCUUAAUUGGUUUUUUGUUUCAGGUCUGAAUAGAUGUGGGAAGAGUUGCAGAUUGAGAUGGAUGAAUUACCUGAAACCAGGCGUAAGAAGGGGGAAAUAUACCCCUCAAGAAGAGCAGCUCAUUCUUCAACUACAUAAAGAACAUGGCAAUAAAUGGUCAGUGAUUGCAUCAAAGUUACCAGGAAGAACUGACAAUGACAUCAAGAAUCACUGGCACACUCAUUUGGGAAAGAAAUCAAUUGUAUUGAUGUCGUCAUCUCCAGUUGAUCAUUACCAAACUUAUCAAACAUCCCAGAAUCUGGAUCAUGAAGAUGAUGAAGAAUCUUCUUCGGUGUCUACACUUACAUUAGAAUCUCAAAUGAUGCAGAUUAACAAUUAUGGCAGCUUUAAUAAUAACAAUAUUGCAGCUUCGGUUGAUCAUAGUUACAGUGAAGUGUCAUCAUCUUCGAGCUACCAAGAUCUUCUUACCCAAUUUGACUGGACUGCUGAAGAUAGUUUGAUCAGUUCCUCAUCAGUGGAAUCAUUUAUCCAACACUUUGAUGAGAACUCUUUCUGGGAAGAUGAUCAACCAUUUUCCAUGGAUUCAUUCUACAACAACAAUCAUGUUUUUGAUGAUCAUCAUGAUGAUAAAAGUCAGCAGCAACUCGCAGGUGCUACUUUAGAGGAAGAAAUCAUGCGCCCAUUUGGGACCCCCAGUCUUGAUGAGAUUAAUAUUGACUACUGGUUGCACGAGUUGAUGGAAUAACAUAUUAUCACGGAAUAAUCAAUGAGUCAUAUAUAGUCGGGGAAUUAAAAAGAAAACCACAGUUUUGCAUCAUGAUUAAUUAGCCAGAUUAUCAAAAGGCGUUUUUCUGAGGGGAUAACUAAACAUUUGCGGUGCCUUUUAUGUACAUACUCCUGUUAGUUUUAGGGUAUUACGAACUAUUUUAAGGUUGAUCUUCUAAUGUACUUCGUUAUGGCUUCUGCGGUCUGUGAAAUGAAUAAAAGUGAUCGAAUCAAGUACACAUGAAUUUCACUUGAUCUCCUCUGUUGUAUGAAGCUACUCCUUGAGCAUUGUUGUAUUUAAUUGCUUCUUGGGCUUUAAUUUUAUCUGAUAUUAACAACUUAACAAAAAUUUCCAUUUCAUAAUUACUUGUUGCAA